CAAGCUACUGUCUAUACUUACAUAAAUAGAUACACCUCGUAUAUACGUGUACUAACGGAAUGUAUAACAAUCAAUCUCUUUCAAAUUGUGAUGUUCUCUGGAGCCCAAUUCAGCGAUUUUUUUGAUAAUGUAAUUACUCUAAACUUGCCCUAGUGUUAUUCUACGAGUAAUUAAUUAUUUUCAUUUGAUGGCGUGUAAUUGUAUUCUCAAUUCUUCAUUCUUACCCUUAAUUCCUCUAUGCACCCAACAUAAAUUUCGAAAAUUCAAAGCUUUACCCUCAAUUUCAUGCCAUUCUAGAAGGUACACCAUUAUAUGUGGAGAGAAAGAAGAACAAUCAAAAUUCAGAAAAACCCAGUUUAAUUUAUUGAAGCUUUCUGUAACAUUAACAGUAAUUUCAGCUUCACUGCCUCAGCCUUCACUUGCAGCUAAAGUGUCUGAAAAGAAGCGUUCAGGAAAAAGAUCUGAGGCACUAACCCCAGAGGAAUUGAAAAAUUGGGUUAAGGACCUUCCAACGAUAUCCCAUAGGCUUGCUUAUAGUGAAAUCUUGGACUUGAAAAUGGAAAAUAAGCUUAAGCAUGUUAUAAAGCCGCCAAAUACUGAGUUGAAGCAGCGGCCUGAGGUGGUUCUGGCAGUCUUGGAGGAUAAUAAGGUUGUUAGGAUUGUUUUGCCUUCUAUUGAGAGCGAUCCAAACUUCUGGGAACAAUGGGAUGAACUGAAGGUUGAUGGAAUUUGUGUUAAUGCUUAUAGUCCACCACUGAAAAAGCCUGAAAUACCAAGGCCUUAUCUUGGGUUCUUAUCAAAAAUUCCAGUAUGGAUGUUUUCAUUGGUUAAGCCAAAGCCUCAGUCGAAAAAGGCAUUGGAGUUGAAGAGGAUGAGAGAGGAGUUUAAACAGAGGAAAAAUGAGGAGCUGAACAAAUAUAGGGAAGAAAGGGAGAUGAUGGAGAAAGCCAUAAAAAUGCAGAAGAAAAUAGAGGAGAAGAAAAAGAGGCAGGAGAUGAAGAAGAUAAAGUAUGAGGAGUCAUUGCGCCAGGCACGUAGGAGUUCACAGGACAUGGCAAUAAUGUGGCAGAGAUUAGCUAGUGAUUCCAAUAUUGCCACGGCUCUUGGGUUGGUUUUCUUCUAUAUAUUUUAUCGCACAGUUGUUCUUAGUUAUAGGAAGCAGAAGAAGGAUUAUGAGGAUAGAUUGAAGAUAGAGAAGGCGGAGGCGGAGGAGAAGAAGAAGAUGAGGGAGCUGGAGAGAGAAAUGGCAGGGAUUGAGGAUGAUGAUGACGAUGAGGAAGGAGGAAAGGUGGGGGACAAUCCUUAUAUGAAAAUGGCACAACAAUUCAUGAAGUCUGGUGCACGUGUUCGGAGGGCGCACAACAAGAGACUUCCACAGUAUUUGGAAAGAGGGGUGGAUGUUAAAUUCUCGGAUGUUGCUGGGCUUGGGAAAAUCCGUCUUGAGCUUGAGGAGAUUGUGAAGUUCUUCACCCACGGAGAAAUGUACCGCAGGCGUGGAGUCAAAAUACCAGGUGGUAUACUUCUUUGUGGUCCCCCUGGCGUGGGAAAGACAUUGUUAGCAAAAGCUGUGGCUGGUGAGGCAGGUGUAAAUUUCUUCUCCAUUUCUGCAUCUCAGUUUGUCGAAAUAUAUGUUGGGGUUGGUGCUUCGCGUGUUAGAGCUCUCUAUCAAGAAGCAAAGGAAAAUGCUCCAUCUGUUGUCUUCAUUGAUGAGCUGGAUGCUGUUGGAAGGGAACGUGGUUUGAUUAAGGGAUCUGGUGGACAAGAACGGGAUGCUACUUUAAAUCAGCUUCUAGUCUGUCUGGAUGGGUUUGAAGGAAGAGGUGAAGUGAUUACCAUUGCUUCCACAAACAGGCCCGACAUUUUGGAUCCAGCACUUGUGAGACCUGGAAGGUUUGAUCGGAAAAUAUAUAUUCCAAAGCCCGGCCUUAUAGGACGCAUUGAAAUUUUAAAGGUCCAUGCUAGAAAGAAGCCAAUGGCACCGGAUGUGGACUAUAUGGCUGUUGCCACUAUGACUGAUGGAAUGGUUGGUGCGGAGCUAGCCAACAUCAUUGAGGUCGCUGCUAUUAAUAUGAUGCGUGAUGGAAGAACUGAGAUUACAACUGAUGACUUGUUACAAGCUGCGCAAAUAGAAGAACGAGGAAUGCUUGAUAAAAAAGAGAGGAGUCCUGAGACGUGGAAACAAGUAGCUAUUAAUGAAGCAGCAAUGGCUGUUGUGGCUGUGAACUUCCCUGAUCUUAGGAAUAUUGAAUUCGUCACAAUUGCCCCAAGAGCUGGAAGGGAAUUGGGUUAUGUACGAAUGAAGAUGGACCAUGUGAAAUUCAAGGAAGGAAUGUUGAGUCGGCAAUCACUCUUGGAUCACAUUACAGUCCAACUAGCACCACGAGCAGCUGAUGAGCUAUGGUAUGGAGAGGGUCAGUUGAGUACGAUAUGGGCAGAGACUGCAGACAAUGCUAGGUCAGCUGCACGGACUUUGGUUCUUGGUGGCCUUUCUGAGAGACAUUAUGGUCUGAACAACUUCUGGACUGCAGAUAGGAUAAAUGAUAUUGAUACAGAGGCAUUGCGGAUCCUAAAUAUGUGUUACGAUCGUGCAAAAAUGAUUCUUCAGCAAAAUCGAGAACUUAUGGAUGCUGUUGUCGAUAAUCUCGUUCAGAAGAAGAGUUUGACCAAGCGGGAAUUCUUCAACUUAGUCGAUUUGCAUGGUUCACUUCAACCAAUGCCGCCCAGUAUACUUGAUAUUAGGUCGACAAAGCGGUCACAACUAGAAAAUAUGAUCGCAGACAAGAAAGUAGUAGUUUUGGAGGAAACCAAAUGAGUACCAUGCUUGAAGACUGUCCAUCAGGCAAGAAGAGCAUAUUUUGCGUCCCUUUGACAUGGAAGUUCCUUUGUAGUAUUGAAGAUGGAGCAAACAAUUGAUUCUACCAAUGCGAAAGCCUGUUUGGCUCUCAUGUGCACCUGAUGCAUUGGGGAGGAGAAAAAACUUGUGCCCGGAGGUGAAAUAUUGUUUACAUAUUCUUGGAUAUCUGCAGAAUCGAUCAAUUUUGGUACCAGUACAGUUCUGAUGCCAGUAAGAACUUUAUUAGUUCAGUUGAUGGGGUUUUCAAAAUUUUGUACGUGCAUCUCUUGAUCUAUCAAAUGGGUAAUUAGAACAGUCUUGUUGACAUCAAUGCCUAAGUAUAUCCUUACACAUUGUCUAUCAUUGGUCCGACCGUACUUUUAAUUUAUUUUCCUUUAUGUAUAAGGUGACACCAUUUGCUUCAAUUCAACAUUUUACCUUCUGUUCAAGUGCA